UAUUUACCCAAAAUGAUGUUCCUACUUACCUUCUUAACGCUAAGUGUGGUGGGACUUUCGAGCGCAUCUUUGGCCCGGCUGGAUGGUCGUAUUGUUGGUGGAUUUGCAGUUGACAUCAAGGAUGUGCCAUUUCAGGUGUCCCUUUUCAGCUCAAAUCACUUCUGUGGUGGUUCUCUGAUUGCCAAACGAUUCGUCUUGACGGCCGCCCACUGCACAUAUGGUCACGAUGAAUUCGAACCACUAUUCGCAGUACGAAUUGGUUCUUCCGUUUCUGAUAAGGGAGGACUGAUGGUUAAGGUGGCGCGCGUACAUCAACAUGAGAAGUUCGAUUGGAAUACCAUUGAUUACGAUUUUUCCAUCUUGGAAUUGGAGGACUAUGACUUGAAUGCCUUGUCAUUUGAAAUGCAAUAUGCCAAAUUGCCCACCCGCAGCCAGGUACCUGAUGGUACAGUUUUAACUGUCUCUGGAUGGGGUGGUACAAAAAAUCCUAGCGAUGACAUACGCAUUUUGAGAGCAGUCCAUGUACCCAAAGUCAACGAGAAUGUUUGUGAGGAGGCCUAUAAGGCACGUAUCACAGAUCGUAUGUUGUGUGCCGGUUUGGUUGAAGGAGGCAAGGAUUCUUGCCAAGGUGACUCAGGCGGUCCUUUGGUUCGUAAUCGCACUUUAGUGGGUGUUGUGUCUUGGGGUUCUGGCUGUGCUCAACCCAAUUAUCCUGGGGUGUACGCUCGUGUCUCUUCUGUGUUGCCAUGGAUUGCUGAGAAGACCGGUCUUAGUCUAUAAUGAUGAAAUGAUAAAAUAAAUCUUACAUACAUGUAAAAACUUUAAAAA